UGAUUGGCUGCGGAGUAUAUGUGCUCCCCGGGUGAGUUGGUGGUUGUGCUUAAUACAGGUCCCUGGGAAGUCAAUCCAUCGGCCGUGUUGCAUAAAAGGCUCCUCGAACCCCGUGCUUCUAGCAUCCAGCCGCAUUUUCCCCCUCGCCUGGUUCUUCGUGUCCAAUUCAGCACAUUUGCGUUAUCUCUGCUAUCACGAUGAUCGCUCCAACAGGCCCCGUCCUCUCCUCGAACUCAGCCGUACCAAUCACCCAAUUUCAUCCCACUAUUACGCAGGAGGCUUUGGAAGAAAAAGUCAUUAUCAUUGUAGGCGGCGCCAAUGGCAUCGGCGAGAGCCUUGUCGAACUAUGCUGCCAAAAUGGCGCCUACGUAUGCAUUGGUGACAUUGACACCCCCCGUGGUGCACCCCUGAGCUUGAGAUGUUGUGAAAAGUGGCCCGUCUACUCGGACCCCAAUCUCCCUCCUAAGCCUCCUCGGUCAACCUUCCAAGCUGUCGACAUUACGGACUAUCACGCUGUUCUUAACCUGUUUGACUUUGCUUUCAAGACCUACAACCGCAUUGACCAUGUGGUCGUCACCGCUGGUAGUAUGGAGCCAAAGGAGAAUUGGUUCGACUGUACGUUGAGUCUUCAGGACAUCCGCACGCCUCCGUCCACAAAGGACCUCGAUAUCAACCUCACUGGCUCCCUCUACGUCGUCCGUGUAGCUAGUGUCUACCUCCGCCACAACCGUGGCCCGGGCGUGGACCGCUCCAUCAUCCUCUUCUCUUGCGCCGCAGGCUUCAAGGAAACCCCCGGUGUAUCUGUUUACCAGGCGGCCAAGCACGGCAUCCAAGGUCUGAUGCGCUCACUGCGCCCCUACUUCUGCUCACCUUACAAACAUAACCUCCGCAUUAAUACAAUCUGCCCCUGGAUGACCCAGACACACCCAGCAGUCACCAAAAAGCUGUGCGAUCGCUGGGAAGAGGAGGGUCUACCAAUCAGCUCCGCUCUCCAGGUCGCACAAGUCACUGCUGGUGUGCUGGUGGAUGACACCCUUAACGGCACUUCCAUGUACGUCGAAGGUGGCCGUGCCUGGGAAAUGGAGGCGAAUAUCACCCGUCUCGAGCCGCAGUGGUUGGGCGAGGCCCCAUCCAAGACAUUGACUCGGGGACAGAAAGUUUUGGAGGACGUCUGGGCCGCGUGAAUCAUCGAGAUCUCGAAUCUUCCCAACUCGCAUCGUUUCUAGUAUACCCGUACCACCAGCUAAAAGCC